CCGACGGCUAAACUCUNUCUUUUUUUAUUUUGAAAUAAUGUGUUCGCUCUCGCCUCGGGCCGUACCUCAAUCCGCCGCAGGUCUCCAAGGUUCGCAGCCUCUGGUCGAUAGAACAAUGUAGGUAAGGGAAGUCGGCAAAAUGGAUCCGUAACUUCGGGAGAAGGAUUGGCUCUGAGGGCCGAGCGACCCGCUGCUAGCUUCGGAAGAGGGAAUCAUAGAGCGGGAGUCCGCGAGGUGGCAUAUUAAUUUGGACUUGGGCGCACCGAACGGCGAACGUUCUACCCUCGGAAGGGCAGGCGGACGGAGCGGGGUAGGGGUGACUCUCCCCGUUUUCGGCACGGGCGCGAGGAACGGCUCGAUCAGAACUGGCACGGUCCGGGGGAAUCCGACUGUUUAGUAAAAACAUAGCGUCUCGAAGGCCGGAGAUCGGUGUUGACGGGACGUGAUUUCUGCCCAGUGCUCUGAAUGUCACGGUGAAGAAAUUUACGGAAGCGCGGGUAAACGGCGGGAGUAACUAUGACUCUCUUAAGGUAGCCAAAUGCCUCGUCAUGUAAUUAGUGACGCGCAUGAAUGGAUUAACGAGAUUCCCACUGUCCCUAUCUACUAUCUAGCGAAGCCACAGCCGGAGGAACGGGUCCGGGGCUGUCAGCGGGGAAAGAAGACCCUGUUGAGCUUGAUUCGCGAUUGGCUUGGUUGGGCGAGAGCGCAGGUGUAGCUUAGGUGGGAUUGCUUUACGGCGCAAGUGAAAGACCACUACUGCGUUCCUCGUUCAACUCACUCGAUGAGGACCACGAGAGCGGCCGC